GCCGCUCCGUAUUUUGAGCAAAGAGACAAGAUUCUGUGGGGGAGGGUCCUGUUUCCUCCUCAUCCUGCUUGGUCAGAGCUCCAUGGUCAGUAUCUGACCUGGACAGAAUGCACCUGCAUGGGUCAUGAUGCCUGCCCCCGGAGUCUCUCUGUUCUGAGGAGCCUGGCACUGGGGAUGCCAGGGCUCUGUGAUGUCUCAGGUCUCAUGGCUCUGAAUCUCCUUCUUCCCCAUGAGGGAAGCCCGGAGGAGGAUGGCGGGUCCCCCAGGGGCCCCUUGGCCCCAGACCAGGAAGUGGUGUCGUUCAGGGACGUGGCUGUGGACUUUACCGAGGAGGAGUGGGAGUGCCUGAGCCCUGCUCAGUGGCAGCUCUACAAGGAGGUGAUGCUGGAGAACUACAGGAACCUGGUGUCCCUGGGGCUGUUGGAGGACAAACCAGACCUGGUCUCCCGGCUGGAACAAGGGGAAGAGGCAUGGGCCUCGGACAUGCAGGAAGAGGGCCCCAGGAGCCCCCGUCCCUGGGGAGGAGACCCUUCCUCCAGGUGUCGAGGAGCCCGUGGAUGCCACAGCCCCUCUGGGCCCUCAGCCUGGGAUACUAGAACUGAGAGCCAGGAGGAGUCACUUCAUGAAGAAGAACAAGGAACAUCAGAAACAUUAAUGGAAAGCCCCAGAAGGGAUGUUGUUCCCCAGAUCCCUGAAUUUUGGGAAGGUCCUAUUCAGGAGAUCACAUUAUGGAAGCAAAUAGGAAACCUUGCAGGAGAGACUACAAGGAAAGAAUUUUGGGAAUGGCCUGUUCAAGACAUCUCAUUAUGGAAACAAAUGGGAAAUCUUACAGAGGAGACUCCAAAGAAAGUAUUUUGGGAGGGUCCUGUCCAAGACAUCACAUUAUGGAAACAAAUGGAAAAUAUUGCAGGGGAAACUCCAAGGAAAGAAUUUUGGGAGUAUCCUAUUCAAGAUACCAUGUUAUGGAAGCAAAUGGGAAACCUUGCACAGGAGGGUCCAAGGAAAGUAUUUUGGGAGGGUCCUGCCCAAGAGAUCACAUUAUGGAAGCAAAUGGGACACCGUGCAGGAGAGACUCCAAGGAAAGUCCUUCCCCAGGAAACAGGUUUCUGCGACCCAACUGUCCUCCCUAAGAAAAAUCCCACUGAGCAGGGAAGCCGUGAAUGUACUGACUUUGGUAAAAGCUUUAAUCAGAACAUUCCCAAGCACAAAGGAUCAUGGGAUUAUAAUCAGUGUGGGAAUCUCUCCCAUUACUAUACACUCUUUAAUCAAUAUCAGAGAAAUGAACCCUGUGAUUUGGAAGGUGGACAGGAUUUUAGCAAGAACUCAUUUCUUAUUCAAAAUCAGAGAAUCUGUUCAGAAGAGAAUCCUUAUAAAUGUGAAGAAUGUGGGAAGGCUUUCACCAACUAUUCAGACAUUAUCAAUCAUGAAAGAACUCAUGGUGGAGAGAAACAUUAUAAGUAUAGGCAAUGUGGAGCAGCUUUUAUGUGGAGCUCAGUUCUUACUGAACACCAGAAAAUUAAAAUUUGUGAUAAACCCUGUGAAUAUAAGGAGUUUAAGGAGGUCUUCAGCCAGAAUUCAGACAUUACUAAAUAUGAAGGAAUUAGUAGUGGAAAGAAACCAUCUGAGUAUAGUGACUGUGGGACAGCCUUUAUUUGGCAUUCAAACCUCAUGGGACGUCAGAGAAUUCUCACUAGUGAGAAACCUUAUGAAUGUAAGGUAUGUGGGAAAGCCUUCAGCCAGAACUCAUCCCUUACUCAACACUUCAGAAUUCAUACUGGAGAGAAACCUUAUAAAUGUAAGGAGUGUGGCAAGGCCUUCAGGCAGAAUUCACAUCUUAUUCGACAUCAGCUAAUUCACACUAGAGAGAAACCUUAUGAAUGCCAGGAAUGUGGAAAGCCCUUCAAUCAGAGCUCAGAUAUCAUAUAUCAUGGAAGAAAUCAUGAUGGAGGAAUUUAUUAUAAGUGCAGGCAAUGUGGAAAGGCCUUUACAUGGAGUGCCAUUCUUACCGAACAACAGAAAAUUCACACUUUUGAGAAAUCCUAUAAAUAUAAGGAAUUUGGAAUGGCCUUCAGCCAAAGCUCAGGCAUUAUUAAAUAUGAAGGAAUUCAUAGCGGAAAGAAACCAUUUGAGUGUAAAGACUGUGGGGCAGCUUUCAGUUGGCACUCAAACCUUUUGGAACAUCAGAGAACUCACACAGGUGAGAAACCUUAUGAAUGUAAGGUAUGUGGGAAAGCCUUCAGUCAGAGCUCUUCCCUUACUCAACACUUCAGAAUUCAUACUGGAGAGAAACCUUAUAAAUGUAAGGAGUGUGGCAAGGCCUUCAGGCAGAAUUCACAUCUUAUUCGACAUCAGCUAAUUCACACUAGAGAGAAACCUUAUGAAUGCAAGGAAUGUGGAAAGGCCUUUAGCCAGAGCUCAGACAUUAUUAAACAUGAAAGAAUACACAGUGGAAAGAAACCAUAUGAGUGUAAGGAAUGUGGGGCAGCCUUCAGUUGGCGCUCAUACCUCAUUCAACAUCAGAGAACUCACACUGUUGAGAAACCUUAUGAAUGUAAGGAAUGUGGGAAAGCCUUUAGCCAGAGCUCAUCCCUUAUUCAACAUCAUCGAAUUCAUACUGGUGAGAAACCUUAUGAAUGUAAGGAAUGUGGGAAGGCCUUUAGCCAGAGAUCGUCCCUUAUUCAACAUCAUCGAAUUCAUACUGGAGAGAAACCUUACAAAUGUAAGGAUUGUGGGGCAGUCUUCAGUGGGCACUCAGGCCUUAUCCAACAUGAGAGGAUUCACACUGGUGAGAAACCUUAUGAAUGUAAAGAAUGUGGGAAAGCCUUUAGGCAGAGCUCUGCCCUCAUACAUCAUCAGAUAAUUCAUACUGGAGAAAAACCUUACAAAUGUAAAGACUGUGGGAAGGCAUUUCGCUGGAAUGCAGUUUUUACUGAACAUCAGAAAAUCCACACUGGAGAGAUACCUUAUGAAUGUAAGGAAUGUGGCAAGGCCUUCAUCCAGAGAGCAGCUCUUACCCAUCAUCAGAGAAUUCAUACCGGAGAGAAGCCUUACAGAUGUAAGCAAUGUGGGAAGGCCUUCAUCCAGAGAUCAUCCCUUACUCAUCAUCAGAGAACUCAUACUGGAGAGAAGCCUUACAAAUGUAAGCAGUGUGGGAAGGCUUUUAUCCAGAGAUCAGACCUCACUCGACAUCACAUAAUUCAUACUGGAGAGAAACCUUAUGAAUGAAGGAAUGUGGGACAGCCUCCAUCCAGACCUUAGCCCUUAUUAAACCUCAAUAAAAUCAUAUUGGAGAAAAAACACUGAAUGUAAGGAAUGAGGGAAAGACUUCAGUUGGGUCUCAGCCCUUAAAGGAUGUGAAUUAACUCAUGGUACAUACUGGCAUACAUGGUGCAGUUGUUUUACGGAAGCAUCCUUUUUAGUUCAACUGAAAAUAUUAAGAAAUAAUAUUUCUUUCAGUCAAAAAUCCUUUCAAGACUUUUACCUUUAGAAAAGUAGCUAAGGUCUUAGGAAUAGGGAUUAAGGAUAGUAACCAAACUUAGAACUGAGACAUCCCUGUUGUCUAGUUGUGACCCUUGCCUUCCCCACCCCUGAAGUGACUGAUGCUAAGACCCACUGAAAGGAAGUGACCUCUUCCAUUUAAGGAUUAAGAUAUGGAACGCAGUCAGGAAACCCUUUCAGUUCUUUAGGGGAGUGGUCAAGGAAGGAAUCUGGUAGUUUAGUUGAAGAUUAAGUGACUAUUCUAGAAUGUUGAACCCCCACCCCCAACAAAAGCCCUGUUUUAAUAUUGUGACCUUUUCCUUGUUCAAGAUUGCUAUAAAUGUUACCUCAAAAUUGUUUUGGGGUAGAGAUAUGUCCUGGGGGCUGUGUCAGUUUGGACAUUUUUCUCUCUAGGAUAGAAGUACUAGGAUUUAGAAUGCUGUUUAAUAAAAUUGUUUCUGACAGACUUGUGCCUAAAAUACAAAGUAUAAUGUUGGUAUUUUCUUUAUGCCUACACCAGGAGCAUCAAACUCAGAUAGAAGCAGAUCCCCAAAGGCCUCAUAGUGAUUUAGAAAGAAUCAAAUUAACAUUAUUUACAUUGUAUUAUAUUUUUAUUUAAAUCAUUUCCUGAUUUUAAUUUAGUUGAGGCAGUUUUGCAGGCCCUAUGCUGCCUGAGGAUCUCAGGACAAGAAUGUAAUACAUCUGUUCUACAGCACCAAUAUGAAGAUUAUAGAAGAUCCUUCAGUCAGCUCAAACUUUACUCAACAUUGGAGAAUUUACACUGGAGAGAUUCUCUGAAUUCCAUGAAAGUGGGAAAGCCUUCAGUGUGAGGAGGACCCUUAUCCUGCAACCAGAGAAUUCCUCCUGGUGGGUGGAAUACACCCUAUAAAUGUAUUGAAUAUUGGAGUGGCUUAUUAUUGAGGGAAAGGUCUCAGUUGACAUCACCAAGUUCCUCCUAAACAGAAACUCUGUGAAUGCAUUGAAUAUAGAAAGGCAGAGAUCAAGCAUUAGUGAUUGCAUGUUGGAGGGCAUUUCUUCAGAUCUAAGGCAUAGAGGUAAGGAGUAACUGGUUAUGUCUAGCUUCCUUUCACUUCAAAACUUCAAGAAAUGUGCCUAUCGAAGUAAAAGAAAGAAAUUCUCACAAAGAAAACCUUGCAUAUACUUGUCAUGAGUAAAUGUAAAAGGACUCCUAGUAUAAUACAAGAAGGUUGUUUCACAGAAGUCUCACUUUAUCUGAAGGCCACUGUAGUAACAUAGAGGAAGAAAUUCUCUUUGAGGAAGGGAAGGAUGGGGGAGAAAGUGACAACCAUCUCUGGAAAUCAGAGUGCUGCUGCUGAAAAACAGUCAUUUAUCCGAGUUAAGUUAGGAAAGUGGAAUGUCACUAUUAUUUCAUUAAAUCUGGUUUGGCGAGGCAAGUUAGAGGAGGGAAGUGGCU